CAUAAGGAAUGAACAAGAGUUAGUGUUAGCAGUGUUACCACGUAACUGCAACAUAGAAAGAUUUUUAAGGAUUUUGGCUCUCAUUCUGCUGUAAGAAGAUUUAAGGAAAGGAUUUGGGAAAAAUGUCUCAGUAUCUCACCAGAGAAGACUCCAAGACCUUUUUCAUACCCCUGCUCAAAUCCCAGAGAAGAUAAAAGAUUAUACCAUGUUAUGUGCUGGGCUAAGAAUACUUUCUAAGAUUUCCAAGCCUGAUUUCCAAGCUAUAGUUAAAAGCUCAGGCUUUGUGUUCAGACAAAUUUGGAUUUAAAUCCUAGUUCUACCCUUGCUGGUUGUGUGACCUUGGACAAGUAAUGUAAUUUUCUCUGUUUUAGUGUUUCAUCUGUAAAGGUGAAAAUAUGUUAAGAAGUUUUAUCAGAAGAAUAUGAGGAUAAAUAAAUGAAGUACAAUAAAUCGUGCACCUAAUAUAGUACCUUGCACAUAUAGGGAGACCAAAGAAGGGGGAAGAAUCAUUGUGGAAGUUGAUGACAAAGUGGCAAAGAUCAGGAAUUUAAAGGUGGAUGAUCGACCAGAUUGCUUUGGAGACUCCCGGGAGAAGGUUGUAGCAUUCAGCUUUGAUUAUUGCUACUGGUCAGUUAACCCAGAAGACCCUCAGUAUGCAUCUCAGGAUGUGGUGUUUCAAGACUUGGGGACUGAAGUACUCUCUGGAGCUGCCAGAGGCUACAACAUAUGCCUUUUUGCCUAUGGGCAGACAGGCUCUGGGAAGACUUAUACCAUGCUGGGGACCCCAGCCUCUGUUGGGCUUACACCACGGAUAUGUGAGGGUCUCUUCACCAAGGAAGAAGACUCUGCCUCAUUGUCUUCCUCCUGUAGGAUAAAAAUAAGUUUCCUGGAAAUCUAUAAUGAACGGGUACGGGAUCUAUUGAAGCAAUCUAAUCAAAAGAAGUCCUAUACCCUGCGGGUCAGGGAGCAUCCAGAGAUGGGCCCCUAUGUGGAAGGUCUGUCUCAACAUGUAGUUACCAACUAUAAGCAAGUAAUUCAACUCUUGGAGGAAGGAAUAGCAAACAGAAUCACAGCAGCCACCCAUGUUCACGAGGCCAGCAGCAGAUCCCAUGCCAUCUUCACUAUCCACUACACUCAGGCAAUCCUGGAAAACAAUUUCCCAUCUGAGAUUGCUAGCAAGAUCAACCUUGUGGACCUAGCAGGCAGUGAAAAAGCAGAUCCCAGUUAUUGUAAAGACCGGAUUACUGAAGGAGCCAAUAUCAACAAGUCGCUUGUGACUCUGGGAAUCGUCAUUUCCACCUUAGCCCAGAACUCGCAAGUGUUCAGCAGCUGUCAGAGCCUCAAGAGCACAGCCAACACUGGUGGUGACAGUGGGAUUCCUGUCUCUCCUGGAACCAGCAGUAGAGGGGGAUCCUCCCAGAGACAGUCUUAUAUCCCCUACCGAGACUCUGUGUUGACCUGGCUGCUGAAGGACAGCCUUGGUGGCAACUCGAAAACUAUCAUGGUUGCUACUGUAUCUCCUGCACAUACUAGCUACAGUGAGACCAUGAGCACACUGAGGUAUGCAUCGAAUGCCAAAAACAUCAUCAAUAAGCCACGGGUAAAUGAGGAUGCAAAUGUGAAGCUCAUCAGAGAACUCAGGGAAGAGAUUGAGAGACUGAAAGCCAUGUUGCUGAGCUUUGAAUUGAGGAACUUCAGUUCAUUAAAUGAUGAAAAGGAUGAAAAUCUGAAGGAACUAAUUCUGAGAAAUGAAUUAAAGAUAGACAAGCUGACUAAAGAAUGGACCCAGAAGUGGAAUGACUGGCAGGCCCUCCUGGAACAUUACAGUGUGGACAUCAACAAGAGGAGUGCUGGGGUGGUCAUUGACUGCAGUUUGCCACACAUGAUGGCCUUGGAGGACGAUGUGCUUAGCACAGGUGUUGUGCUGUACUACCUCAAGAAUCUGGUGUGUGUUAAACUUCAUCUGUGGACCAAGAAGGAGGGGAUAACAAAAAUUGGAAGGAUUGACUCGGACCAAGAACAGGACAUUGUCCUUCAGGGUCCGUUGAUUGAGAGAGACCACUGCAUAAUCACCAACACCUGUGGGGCAGUCAUUCUCCGGCCUGCUCAGGGGGCACGCUGCACAGUCAAUGGCCGUGAGGUCACUGCCUCCUGCCGUCUGACCCAAGGAGCUCUUAUAACACUGGGGAAAGCACAAAAGUUUCGAUUCUACCACCCAGCAGAGGCUGCUAUCCUGCGGCAGCAAAGGCAGGUUGAAAAGACUUUUGGUGGUAGUGGCUCUUUGGAAUGGCUGGACUUGGACGGAUAUGUCACUGCCUCCCGGCUGAGUCUCUACCCUUUACUUUGGAAGGAAAGGAGAGUACUGGAAGAGCAGUAUGAUGAGGAUCACCAGCCACUAAGGGAUGGAGAGAGAUCCCACAGAGCUCAGAUUCAGCAACAGCAGUGCUGUGUGGAGGCUUUGAGGCAACGAAUCCUAGCAGGACAGAUUACAGCUGAAAGGGAACUGGCAUUCAACCAGGCUUACAUCAGCCAGGAAACUAAAGACAACCAGCAGUGGCUGCUCAGAGAAGAAUCCUGGCUGUACAGCUUACAGGAACAGCAGCAACAAGAAGACUGUGGCACAGGGAAAGCACUUGAGGCCUCUUUGGCACCUAAUGCUUGGCUUCAGACACAUCCUGAUACUCCACCAUCCCCACUGGUCCCAAAACAGAAGAGACUGGUGCAGCUGCAGCUCCUGCGGAGACACGCUCUUCGGGCAGCAGAAGGGAACAUCUGGCGUAAAAAGGUCUUAUUCCAGCUAGACAGAAGCAUCAGGAAGCAGAGGCUGCUGGAGUCCCAGAAGAGACUGGAGCAGCUCAGGGCAUUGUGCUGGUUCCAGGAUGACAGCAGACACAAGUCCCCAUGCUUGGCCCCCAACUCUAAUGCCACUGUCCCAGGGCCUCAACAUAGAAGCAAAUGGACAAGUUGCAGUUCUUUGAGCCUCCAAAGGCUCUACAGCCAGCACUUGCCCCACCUGCACAGGGUUUUUCUGAAUUGGGACCUCUCUACUAUGUUACCACCUAUGCCUGACCCAACUCAUCACAUAUCAGAGAAAAAUCCAUCCAAAUAUCAUUUUCCACAGACUGCUGCUUACCCUCCAAAUACAAGGUGUCUCUGCAAAAAUGGCCUCCAUUCCCCAGGCCAAGCACAGCUGUAUACAGCUAGAGGAGCCUUGACCAGGAAGGGAGCCUCAACUCCACACACCUGCCUCACUGUGAGCAGUGAGUCUGUUGACAUUCAGGAAACGAAGAGAGUGGGUAAAUGGCCCUAUUGGAUGGUGUCUCGGGGCUUAACAAGUCUAUGCCAGUCAACUAACAAGCUAAAGCCAAGGGAAGGACCAAAAAUCCUCACCCCUACCUCCCAAACCAGAAAGGCUAAGGGACUAGUGGACUCUAGCAGCAGUACACAAGCUGGGUGGCAAAAAGAAGAGAACCUUGGGAUCCAUGAGGCUGCUAAGGGAACCAGUUGCAGUUUCUCCUAUCCUCAUGGACUCAGGGAGGCAGCUAGGCUUGGAAAAAUAGCCAAGACUUUUCAGGCAGAAUCCAAACCACCUCCAAACAGGGCAUUACAACAACAUCAGAGAGUGCCAGCAGCUAGGAUCAGAGACAUUGCCAAAAAGUCUUCUCAUUUGUCUAAUAGCAGUUCUUUAAAGAGACAAUGCAGUGUAGACGAUCCAGACACCAUGACUUCACUUACAGAUUCCAGCCAAAUAGUAGAUUGUGCCAAAGAAAAAGAAAAUGAUUUAUCUGACACAGAUAGCAAUUACUCAGUAGAUUCUCUCUCCUUUGUCUAUGCCAAAUCUUCAUUGUUGAAGCUACUGAAACCAGAGGACCCUCGAGGAAAAUGGGAUCACCCAGAGCCAGAGAACUCUGAAAGUGACAACAGCCAAAUAUCUGAGGACUCAUUGACUGAGAAAGGGUACCAAAGCCCCAAAGAAAGUCCCCAGUCCAGUCUUCCCACCAACGACCAUGUCCACCCAAGGAACAGAGCUGGAUCCUCCGUACAGAACUUCACCACAUCCUCAGACUGUGGUCUACUUGCUCAUAGGAGCUUUUCCUUGGAUAGUCUGAUUAAUGCUGAGAAAGAACUGGGGAAAGAUCAACAGGGAGUAACUUUUCUUGAUUCAUCUGAUGAGAUGCCCACAGAGACGUUCUGGCACCUGCAGAAUCCCAUUCUGCCUAUAGUAGACCAAGAGGUAACAUGCAGACAUGGGUCCACCUACCACAGAACAGGAGCUAUGCUGAAUGCCAUCCUGCCAAUGAACAGUUCAUUUUAUCUCAAUCCUGAGCUCCAGCUCCAUUGUAAGCAGCCUGAGUCACAGGUGGAGGUAAGCUACUCUGAACCAACUGACUCUCUCCAAGGCAUACAGGUGUCAAGAGGGAGCCCUCUGGUGUCCAUGGAUUCCUGGUUUUCCUGUGACUCUAAAAUCAAUCCCAGUUCUUUAUGUCCAAGUCCUAAUGUCCAGGAAGUUCAGCCCUGUGGUGAGGAAAGGCCUGGAUACUGGCUAAAUAUUGGAAAACUAAAGCCAUUAGGUACAGAAACAGUCCUCCAAUGUAGCUCAAAAUUUCCCCAAGGCAGUACUGAGCUGCCUUGCAAUGCAAGAGAUGUGUACCCAACCUCUACUUCUGAUACAUCCAAGUUGUCACUUUGGGAAGCUCAAAGUUUUCUUCAGCCAGCAGCUGAUGGCAGCUUUCAGGGCAUAAGUAUUACUGAUACAAUGCAACAAGGCAGCUCUGAAGUUUCCCAUGAUUCUAGUGUGCCAACUGUGCUGGCUCCCUCUGCCGCCUCGUUCAUUUAUGUAGGCAGUACCCAUGAAAGGGACUGGGCUGCACUUCAGCAGAAGUACCUUCUUGAACUCUCUCAUCCUGUUUUGGAGGCUGUAGGAAAGCCCAGGCUAGCUUUCCCCUGCCCUGAGGAAGACUCUGGUUCCCUGGCUGAAGCUUCUGGAAAAGGAAAAGAUACUCGAUUGUCAGUUGGUUCUGGGUUAUCCACCAGUUCAGAUUUCAACAACUUUCCAAUCCGUCUAUCCAAAAUCAAGCAUUUGAGAGCAGAAAAAAACCAGGACAGUUUGAGAGCCAAAUUAGAAAUUGCUUCAGAUUUCCUUAGCACAAGUGAGAAAGAAGUGAGUUGUAAUGGAGCUUAUUCAGCAGACUUAGAAUCAUUGGCUUCCGGAUCAGAGAAAAGGAUACAAAAUUCUAUGAAAAAAACAUGUGAAAUUAAACAGAAUAACUUGAAAGAGUGCUUUAACAGUAGAAAACCUGGACUGAUAACUUCCUCUGAAGAGUAUUUCCUCCAGAAUAAUGCUUAUCACAAUAACGUCACUGUAUCCACCAAAACAGACCAUUGGCCUCAAGGCCUGGCUCCUCUCAGAAACAAUAGUACAGUUCAUCCAGAGCAAUUAAGUCAAAACAGCCACCACCACCUACAGAAAGAGAAAGUAGAUUGCCAAAAGAGCUCUAAGGAAGUAGUUGAAAGAUAUACAAAUGUUUCCUUUGCCUUUCCAUCAGGUCCAGAGCUGUACCUCCACUCAGCUCCCUGGAAUCCUUUCCCAUCUUCCCUGCAGCCACCUCCCUUGGAAACAUUCUACAUAACCAAAAGCAGGGAUGCCCUGACAGAAACUGCCUUAGAGAUUCCAGCUUACAGAGAAGUACAUGUGCCUUCGCCACCCCCCAGGGAAGCCUGGGGCUUUGGUUACAACCACCAAGACCUUCAGGAAGCUUGUUUGAAGAAUGAUUUACCAGUGAUAUUUCAAAAUUCCAAGGUCGCCUCAUCUCAGCAGGUCACAGCAGAGAUGCCAGUUGAUCUGAAAACUAGGGAAGCUAUUGGAGAGUUAGGGAAAUGUGCUGGAAAUAUUAAAGAAGAAAGUCAUAAUUCAGUUUAUGUUUUUGUUACUCAGAACAGACAUUUUCUCCCUUCUACCAGCACAAAAGUAUAUGAAUCUAAAAAUCAAAUUGGAAUUUUAAGUAAAAAGCACAAUCUUCCAGCUCUGAAGGAGGGAAAAAAGGCCACUGUGCAGUCUCAUUGCAGUGUUUCUUCAGGUAGUUCUGGGUCUGGAAAACCUUUCAUUUUUGUUGGUGGAUCUGAAACAGGUGGGGAAGACGAGCAGAAUCAGAAUGCAGUCCUGCAGCAGAUUCAGGUCUGUGAUAUAAACGGACAGAUUCCUUCUGGAGCCAGGUCUGAUUUCAUCUGUAAAACAACCAGUGUAGACCUUGAAAAGGAUGUGGCAGGGGAAACUACUGUUUCUUCAAAGUUCAGAUCAGUGCAUCAUAGAGUAAGCAGCCAUAUCCUCAUGGCCCAGGAUGAGAGCCUAACCCAUAAGUGGGAAGGGAGGAAUGAAAUUGGGCUUCUUGGAAAAGCUUUUCACCCCAAAAACAUCCCAGAAGAGUUUAAGCUUCCAGGGAUAGAGUCUACCUAUGAAAGAUUUCAAUCAGUUACAUAUGCUCAAGAAAGAAAGCCCAGUGAAUGCAAGGGCCCAGGAGAGUCACAAGAAAUAUCAAACUACAAAGAAGAACCUUUGGGAAAGAAAAAAAAUGAAAGAAUUAGUAAUGCUGAUGAAAUGGCUAGGCUAAUUAGAAGUGUGAUGCAGCUAGAAAAUGACAUCUUAGAAAUUGAAUCCAAGCAGCUUCAUGCUUCCUCCACACCAGGUAUCAGUAAGGAGUUUGUGUUCCAGGACCAAAGAGACCAGGAGAAUGGUGACCAUGUUCUGAGGCCAGGCAGCUCUGGAAACAAUUUGUCCUUCAAAGAUCAGCCAUCUUCUCCAAGACAGGCAGAUGGAAUUAUUUUUAAUAAUAGUGAAACUAGGGAAAUGGAGGUAAAUAGUCCUACUGUGGAUGACCCUCAGGCACAGAGAAUCACCCUGAGUCCCUUCAGUUCAAGGGAAUGUGUAAAACAGAGUCAGUCUGUAAGAGAGCACACCUACCUAGCUGGAUUAGACAGACCUGCUAGGAAUACAUGUGAUUCUUUAGGAAAAGACUCAACUCACAGAGAGUCCACCAAUACUUCUCUUCACCCAAGGAAAAUGAAAACAUUGACUAGAGCGCUGUCCUUGCAGCCCAGGCCAGAAAGGUUUGAAAAGGGUGAUGAGUUGGUAGAUGCAUCAGCAAACCCCAAAGAGCAACCUUGGAACUUAGGAAAUCUUGAAGAACUGGAGACUAUGAAAGGGUUUUUGGAAAGCCAAAUUGCCAGACACCAAAGUAGUUCCAAGCCAGACAGACCAAAAGCUCAAGGUAAAAUUGAAGAAAUGGCCAUGCAAAAGGAAGGGAGCCUACAAGAUGAAAAUAAUAUGGUGUUAUCAACUCAGAAACAUCCUAGUUCAAGCCAGCACCCUAUGGGCACAUUUUUCAACCAGGAGACUAUCUUCCCAUUACUGAGCCAAACAGAUUUCUCUACAGCUCCUUCUCACCAAGAUCUGAGCAAUACCUUGCCCUUGCAUUCUCCAAGACUGCCAAGAAGUUAUAUUCAUUCCUUUGUUACUGAAGAAGGCAUCUCUUCAUUUGAGUAUGUGCUGAAUCCUACAGUAUUGAAAAUUCAUAACAGUCCCUUAAUAACUGAAAUUGAUUAUCAGAACCAGAGUGGAGAGACCAGAAGCCACAGCCCUCAGGGAAAUGAUAGAGGGGGCUCUGCCAUGGAACACUCUGCUUGGUGUGGAUCUGUGAUACAUAGAGCCAUGGGAUCUCAUGGUCAGUCUAGUGCACCAGAGAACACUCCCCCAGGGACAGAGGACAGGAUAACAGCAAGCACCAGCCCCCAACACCAACAAGGGGAACUCAGAAUCACUUUGAUGGGAUUGAGUACUCAGGAAGGUUUUGGUUCUGAAGUUGAGGCAGCUAUCCAAAAAGAAAUACAAGCCAGUUCCUUGAACAGUAUCUCUAGGCAGUUUGAAAAGAGGGUCAGCUUCUCCUUAGAAGAGAACAGUGACCAAGGCAAAGGGGCAAGGCAAAAGGCAGAGAAGGAGUCUGAGGACCCAGGCUUCCCUACCAGUGGGGCUUGUUUAGCAGGUGUUUCCCUGCCUAGGGUGGCUGAUCCAGAGCCCAGGCAGUCAGAGCAUUCUGUCCCUAUAUCCAUGUGCCUGGCUAUCUUGGAGGAGGUCAGACAGGCAAAGGCCCAGAGAAAGCAACUUAAUGACUUUGUGGCUGGGGGGACAGUCCUUCCUUGCUAUGAAACUUCAGUAGAACCUGAAUGUUCUUCAGGGGCCACUGGCAGGCAGUGUAAGCAGAUGGACCAGUUAGUGUCGGAUGGGAUCAGGAAUGAGGGUGAAGCACAGGCAUUGCAUGUAGCAUCUCUGUCUGCUACACCAAGACAUCUGUUGACUGAUGAAGGGAAAUCCCAAGCCAUACCCCUCUGUGAAAACAGCUUUCCAUCUCUGCCCAACACUGAAACUAACAGAGGGCCACAGCAUCCUUCACAGGCUUCCUCUCAUGUUGCCCCUGCUUUAGACAAAGGGCAUUGUACUAGAGAACUGAGACAUGUCCUUGGAGCAAGUGAACAGUUUAUAUGUCACCCUGGUUCUCCUGAAAUCACAGAGAAAAAGAAAGAAGCACCCAGAACACCUUCCUAUGCUGAUCCUUUGGCCUUCAGUGGGCUUUUUUCACCAGCUGUAGAGGGAGACAGAAGAGUGGGAUCAGAAAAAGCAGUGUCUGUCUUUUCUUCUCAGGCCCCUUGUGAUGAUCCUGGGUUGAUUCUGCACGAACAAAGUCAGUCAGCUGCAGGGGAGACUGCAAAGGACAUGUCUUCUGGCAUUCAGGAUAGCAGCCCAGUGCAGGAACUUAAAACUCAAGACACCACAUAUGAAGGAGUCUUGGAUAACUUCUCUGUGAGUGCACAGGAAAAAAAAGCAGCUCAUUUUGAAAGUCAGUCUGUGAUCUGUAAUGUUCAGAAUUCUUUAAGCUGCUUAGGGCCUAAGCAAGACUAUGUCCAAUGCCCCGAGGUUUCCAAUGGCUCAGAAGAAGGGAAAGCAAGUCCAAAACUACAUGCUGUUCUGCCUGGAGGCCUGAGAAGCAUUGAACUGGAAGCUCCCACACAGCAGCCUGAGAAGUGGAAGGGGAAUGUUGGGUCUGCGCUGGCCGAAACCUGUAGGUUUGGCAACAUAAAUCCCAGGUCAACCCCAUUGCAAGAUCAAAGACCUUGCAGAUGCCCAGAGGAAACCAGAGAUCCCCUUGUCUUCUCAGGGAACACUGAAAACAGCAGGACUCUCAGUUCAUCUAGAGAGGAAGAAGAGAGCAGAACUGUUCCUUGCCAACAACUCUGCAAUUCUCAACCCAUUGCUACUCAUGCCUCUCCCUCCCAUUGUUCCAUUUCAUUGGUUUAUAGAGAUGGUGACCUGGAGAAAGGAAUUCCCAAGGCUGCCCUACAUCCUAUCCACCCACCCUUCAUAGUAGCUUCUAGGGUCUGUGAAAUGCAUCAGAUAGGAGAGAGUUCUUCCAAAGAAUCCCAUGUGCUCUUGGCACAUGGCCUUGAGCCCAAAGGCUUUCAUAUGGAACUUGGGCCAAUAGACAGCCCCAGUUUUGAGCCCUCUACUAGAACAUCUGUUCUAUCUUUAGCUCAAAGUUCUAGCUCCCUUUCUACCCCUGAUAUAAGGACAAGUUCCCACAUCCACUCAGCUGCUGAAGGAAGUUCAAGGUCCAAAGGGAAUCAAGAAGAAAAGCUUGCUGAGAAAGCUAGCCCAGAAGUUGAGAUUGUCUCUUUCCCAGCAGCCAUGUACUCUGAGCCACUGAGGAAUCUGAAAGAUAGCUCUGUAUGUGGCCACAAUGUGCAGGCGUCUCAAAUGAAGCCAGAACCACUUGCAACAACUCACAGACCAUACACCCUAAAUUUAAAUGAGAGCUCAGUUGAAAAUGAGCUGGUGGUUGUAGAGCCACAACUCAAAUGUUUAAGAAAAACCAUCAGAUGCCUUUCAGAAAAGCUACAGUCUUCCGCCGAGUCCAGGGAUCACAACUGCUCGAAUCCUCCUGCCAAACUUGUAACAAGGUUAAAACCUAUCUGCUAUCCUCAGAUUGACAGUCUUUGGGAAGAGGAAGAGCAGCAGAAAGAUCAGGCUUUAGGAGGUAGUGAAGACCCUAUCCAGGUCAGGAAUUCCCCACCCUCUAAUGAAGGUGAUUUGGAUAGCUAUCACACUAGCAGUGCUAGGAGAGAGGAGAUGUCUGUCCCCAAGACUCCUGAAUCCCAGACUUCCUUAUCAGCCUUUGAAGACCUAGCUUUUGCUCCUCUGGAGCAAAGUAAAGUUCCACAGUCUGCUGCCCAGAGGCCUAGCCAGCACUGCUUUGAUAAGGAGCAGCUAGCUCUCCACCGUAAGUGCUCACUUCCUGUAAUUGCAGUUUUCUCUGGCCCCAAACACUCCAAGUCCUAUCCCAGACCCCAGUUCUCCGUGGUCAGCUCAUCUCGAUCUCUUCAGGAGCUGAACUUGAGUGUGGAGCCUCCAUCCCCUAUAGAUGAAGACGCAUCAGGGCCUAAUAUAUUGUGGGACCCACAUCUCAAGACCUAUUCCUUGGAAAAUCAGGUGUCAAGAAUGUCUACAAAGGCUGAGGUUUGUAGUCAGAAAGUUUCAUCUAACUUGGAUAAUGGCCAUGCUGAUCACAGACCCCCGAAACCUGCCACCCCUCCCUACCCAACAUCUUCCACACGCUCAUGCAUGCCAACCCCUGAUUUAAUGACCGGCUGGAUGUCUCGUUCUUUGGAACAGGCCCAACAAGGAAAGCCAGAGAAACUGGGUAUCCAGAUUAGGCCAGAGAAUUGGUACUCUCAGAUGGACAAAGAAAUGUUGCACUUUGGUUCCAGUGAUAUCAAUCCCUACCUUCUACCCUGGUGUCCAGAGGAACCUGUACACAUUGGUUGGAAACAAUAUGUGUUUGGUAAUACAGUCGAUGUCUCCUGCACCCAGAAACCCCAUGGCCUGAUACCAUCAAAUGUGGCCAGGUGCUCCAGCAUGGACAGUGACUUAGAAGAACAGAGCUCCCCCUUCCACUCUCGCCUCAGUACUUUUGCCAAAACCCAGGACUUGUCAAGCACACACAGUAGCACUGAUAAUAUCCAAGGUUCAAAUGAGGCCUGGGAAGUAUGCAGUUCCUUGUUUCCCUUGAGGGACUCCCACAUUCUUACAGGCCGUGAAGGACUAACCCCCAUUUUGGGUUCUGACAAGAAAACAGAGUUCAAGGGCACCAUUGAUGAAGCAGGCUGUCUGAGGAGUGAGCACACCCUUCCUUCAGCUGAAGGAAGUUCUGCAGGUCUACUUGAUGAGAUUGUGUUGCUGUAUCCACCGGAGGCAGACUGUCCUGUGGGACUGACCAGAACGAAUACCUUUGAGCAAGGCACACAGACUCUGGGCUGCAGGCUCCCCUGGAGCUGUGCCAAUAUCUCCUCUGCUCAGCCUGAUGCCUGUACAGGGUCAGCCUCUGACCUGACCUCCUGGACCAGCAUGCACAACCUAUCUCUCCACCUCUCACAACUCCUGCACAAUACCUCAGAGCUACUUGGGAGUCUCUCUCAGCCAAGUGUGGGCAAAAAAGAACAAAGCACCAGAAGAAACACACCAGAUGAGGCCCCACAAGCCCUUAUGAUGGAUGGUACUACUCAGACCACUAUAGAUGAGGAAAUCCAGACUGACCUGGCCUUAUCCCCUCUGGACCUCCAAACCUCUGAAGCCAAAUCUCAGGAAGUCAGUGUGAUCCUUGAAGUUCUGGGCUCAGAUAUUUCAGCCAUGUCUCAACAGAAGGGAAAUAUCCCAGGGACACUUCAGAGUACAGAGGCAGAGGAAACAUCAUGGAAAAUGGCAGCACCCCCAGAUCUUCAUGAGGAAAGCACCCACCAUAGGCUGCAGAGCCCUCUAAUACCGAUAUCCCACAAAAGGGAGGUACUGUCCAACCUCCCUUGUAUAAGCCCACCAGCAUCUCCCAAUGCUUCCCUGCCUCCCAGUUCCCAGCCAGAGGAAUCUUCUUGCAUGGUUGUCAAUAGCCCCAACUGCAGCAUCUGUCUUACCCCUGGCCUCUUCCCCAGUACUUCAGGGGGAUCCAACCAGGAACCUGAGGUCCAGGAGAAGCUGAGCCCUGGGAGUGCCUUGAUGGUGGACAGGGCCUCUUCUCCAAUCCUCACAUUUAGUGCUAGCACACAAGAGUCAGGUCUGCUCUCAGGUGCUCUGAUUCUUUCUGCUCCCUCUGAUUAUGCUCUUGAAAGCCACCAGAAGCUGGACUCCAGCCCAGACCUUGUCUUUGGUGUUCCAAGACCUCCAAUGGAUAAUUAUUCUCAAACUGCUGAUAAGUUAGGUGGCUCCCAGAGAGUUGAGACUCUGGGUAGAGAAGGCACAAGUUCCUUAAGAAGGAGUAAUGAGAGCUUGUUCCUUGAGUCAAACUCCCCUUGCACCACACAGCAGAGUCCCAGACUCCAAGUUAGCCUCUUAGGGAAGCCCCCUCAGCAGCUGCAGCCCAGGGCCACCACUGAGGUCCAAAGUAGACUGCCACCUCUACCACCAUGGGACAAGAGCCAGAGGCUGGCCAAUAGCUUUGUGCCUGAAGAGGUGGCUUCCCCAGAUCAUAGCUUGCUGAGCACUAGGGGGCCAAGUCCUUUGCAGAGCAAUCCAGAAAAUGAAGGGGAGAAUUCAAUACUUCCGGUGGAGCCACAGCCUACUCUGAACCUCGCCUCUUCAAGGAGAAGCCUCCAGCACUUCAGCCCUCAUCCUGUUUCUGAGUUGACUGAUACUGCAAGCCUUCAAGGUUCUAAUGUGGACCAACCUCAGGCUUGCCAACCUGAGGGGAUGCCAUGCCCCAGUUCCCAGGCAUGCAUUGCCCCCCAGCGUUGCAGCCUGAGGGACCUCCUGGUACAUAACAAACUUAGUAACUGGGAUGGGGUUCAGAAUGACUCUUUUGGGGAAUUGAGUAUAAGCAAGGAACUGGGGGCUAUCACUGAUCUCAGCCCUGGGGAGCAGAUUCAGAAGCCCCCACAACCUCCUGAUGACCAGAGCCAGGAUCCUGAGUGGUCCCAGAGGGAGCAGAUUCCCCUACAAGUUGGAGCCCAGAAGCCGUCACUCAGCCUGGAACUCACAGAAGCAAAACUGCACCAUGGCUUUGGGGAGGCAGAUGCACUGCUUCAGGUGCUGCAGAGCGGAACAGGGGAGACACUUGUUCCUGAAGAACAUAUGAUGUCCACCUGGGAGGAGCUCUAUGCUAGGCAAAAAAAAGCCAUCGAGACCCUCAGGAGAGAGCGGACUGAGCGACUUCAGAACUUCCGCAGAACAAGAAGCCCCCCAAAACAACUGAGCCUCCUACCCAGCAGGGAUCUCCUGACCCAGAACUUUGACUUGCCCAGCAGGCGCCGAGAAUACCUGCAACAACUAAGGAAGGAUGUUGUAGAGAUCACCAGGAGCCCUGAAUCAGCAUCAAGGUCUGCUCCCUCACCCUCUGACAUUGAUCUGAUGCUGCGCAACUAUCAGCAGGCCCGUGAAGAGGCCAAGACGGAAAUUGCCAAGGCACGGGACAGAUUGAGGGAGCAAACUGAACAAGAGAAGUUGAGAAUCCGUGAGCAGAUCAUCUCCCAUCUGCUGAGGGAAGAGGAAAGACUACACACCUUGGCCAACUCCAGCUCUCUAUGCACCAGCUCCAAUGGAAGCCUCUCCUCUGUUGUCACUUCUGGUUAUAAUAGCAGCCCGGCCCUGUCAGGCCAGCUCCAGUCCCCAGAGAGUGUGGGGGACUCAAACUUGCCUGAUUCCAGAGACACCUGGAUAGGGGAUGGGCAGGCCCAUUCUGCAGUGAGGAACCUGUAUCUGGCUGGAUCUGUCUGGAAGAAUUCAGCUUACCGCUAUAGAACCUCCUCAGGCAAUUGCCGCUGUUUUCCAUCCAGCCCAUCCAGCUUCUCCUCUUCUUACCAGGAUUUGGCCAAACACAUGGUAGAUACUUCCAUGGCUGAUGUAAUGGCUGCUUGUUCCAAUAAUCUACACAAUCUCUUCAGCCGCCAGGCAACAGCUGGCUGGAGCUAUCAGGGUGAAGAGCAGGAGGUGCACCUUUACUAUAAGGAGUUUUCUUCUACUCGGCAUGGCUUCCUAGGGGCAGGUGUGGUGUCCCAGCCACUAUCUCAUGUAUGGGCAGCUGUGAGUGACCCUACCCUGUGGCCCCUGUAUCACAAGCCCAUUCAGACAGCAAGGCUACAUCAGCGGGUGAACAAGAGCAUCAGCCUAGUGUACUUGGUGUGCGAUACCACCGUGUGUGCACUGAAGCAACCACGGGAUUUCUGUUGUGUCUGCGUGGAAGCCAAAGAGGUGCCUGCCUUGCUGGUGGGGCACCUGUCUAUCAUGGCAGUUCAGUCUGUAUAUGACACAUCCAUGCCAAGACCCAACAGAAAAAUGGUCCGAGGGGAAAUACUGCCCAGUGCCUGGAUCCUGCAGCCUGUCACCAUGGAAGGGAAAGAAAUUACCAGAGUCAUUUACUUGGCACAGGUAGAACUGGGUGCACCAGGCUUCCCGCCUCAUCUCCUGAGCUCCUUCAUUAAGCAGCAACCACUGGUUGUGGCCAGGCUAGCUUCCUUCCUUGGUAGUUAGCACCACACCAGUGAGAUGGUGCUGCUGAGAUGCAGGCCCAGGAUGCUCCAGAAAUGCUAUGGCUGCUCCUCCUUAACUGUUAGCAACCUGAGAUGAAAAGAAACUGAGGCUACCUGUAGUGGCAGACUACACAGAUAGCACUAGCCCAGGGUUGCCAGGAAAGCCCUGUCUCAGUACUCGAGUCACCUCUGCAGAACAAGAAGCCUGAGCUCCUGGCCCUCGCUGUCCAGAGAGAAUGAAGCACUCACUUUUUGGAUUUCUCACCUUUAUUUCUCAUUUCUGGGACUAUGACACAGGCCUCUCAAGGACCAGAGUUAGGCAUAAUCAGCAGAGCUGGGGAACUGCAGUGCUUUGGCAAGAUGCCUUCUUAGUUCGGCCCAGCCCUCAGGCUGAUGGGAAGGCAAGCAGCCACUGGCCAAGACUCCACUCUGGAGCUGCCUCCAGUGUUCAGCUCCACCGUGUAGAAUAUCACAAAGGACCAGAACAAAAAAAAGGCUUAAAAAAUCAGCUGCACAAAUCACAACACAGACUCAGAAUCUUUUCUCCAAAUACUAUUCACUUUUGCUCCCCCCCCCCUUUCCUAGGAGAGGAUUUGGGUCUUUGCAGCAGUCAGGAGUGUUAAGCACUACUGCUUCAGAGCACUUCAGGGCUCAGGAAGAUGGGAAAGCAGCGUAGAUACAGCCUGGACAGAUUUCAGGUUGGGAUGUGGGCCCUGGCCCUUUGAGGACUGGUGGUAGGUGGGGGUAGCCAGAUGAUUGCUACUGACAAGGCAAGAGGGAUUUCAAUGAGAUUAAAAAAUGACCUCUGAAGAAGGAAGAUAAAUGAACUGGAAGAGGAGGUAAGCAGUUUGUCAGGAGGAAACUUGAUUGCAGAGACCUUACCUUCCCUUACGCGGAGGUGAGUCCCUUGAGCUACUGCUCUGGCCCUACCAAUUCUAGGAUGGAUGAAGGGCGGAUUGUUUUCUCGUAACUUAGCCUGGCUGAAUUUGAGCUCUGAAGAUUCUGUAUGUUUACCUAGAGGUGAUAGGGACGGGAGAAAUUCCCAUUUAAUUUUCUUGCCCCAAAUCUUUGGUAACAAAGAGGAUAAUUGUAUGGGGAUUGAGAUGUGGUUAAAAGGGUAAAUUUCUGUACAGUGCAGCAAAGAGUUGCUUUUCUAAAAAUGUUUGUUUCCUUUUUCUCUUACCUCAGAUUAAGUUAUAUUGUUUUUAUCAUAUGCUUUUAAAAAGCUUAUUUUUCAGUUAUUUUUUUUUAACAGCGUAUAUAUGUAGGACCCUAAUUUAUGUAUUCUUCCCCUCCUCAUAAAAUUGUUGACCAAAAAAAAGGUCAGAACAUUUGUAAAUUAAAAGUCCCACGCAGGGGCGCUGGGGUUGUGGCUCAGCAAUAGAUCACUCACUUAGCACAUGAA